AUGAUGAUAUUGAUAAUGAUAUUCUUUUGUCAAAUUCAUUCAAAGCAUCUUCCAAACAUUUUAUUAUGGAAGAAAUAAUGAAUUGUGAUAUAGUUCAUGGUAUUAUAUAUGAUUCAUUACGUGUUGUAUUUGCCUUAUCAUUAUUAGCAAUAAUUAUAUCAUUAUUUUCAAUGAUAACAUUAUUUAAAUUAUCUACACAUGAAAAACGUAAAUUAUAUUUUCAAAAUCAAUUAGCUAUUGCUCGUAAUCAUCAUCGUCAUCAAUAUCAAUCACAGAUUCAAUCACAAUCAAUUAAUUAUCAACGAUCAUUAGCAAACUAUGAUCAGUGUCCUGCCACAUCUACGACAACAGCAGUAACUACAAAGCAUCAAACGUCCACAAAUCAAUUCAACCAUCCAUCAUCAUCAUUUCCAUCAACAACAAAUUUUAAAUGUCUUUCUGCCGAUUUUUCAUCACAAGAUUUAUUAAUUGAUAAUCCAAAUCACCAUCAUCAAACAUUUAAAUCAACAACUGUUUCAAAUACACCUGCUAAUGAUUAUCCGGAUGAAAUGUUAUUAUUUUCACCGAAUAGAAAAUUAGAACGAAAAGAUAAAAUAUGGUCAUCAUCACAAUCGACAACAAAUUUUCAAACAAUUUCAGAUAAUAAACAAUAUCGAUCAUCCGAUAUAAACAACAAUAAUCAUCAACAAUCAACAUCAAAUUUACGAAGAUAUAUGAGCGUUAUAUUGGAUACACCAUCAAAUGUACAAUCAUAUGUAUGGCGUAAAUUGAAUUCAUUGAAAAAUAUUCAAAAACAAGAUAAUUCUAUGCAGCAUGAUGAUGAUGCUGAUGAUUCAACAUUUUCACAUCAUCAUCAUCAUCAUCGUCGUAAACAUCCACUACUUCCACCUCCUCAUAUGGCUAUACCACGAUUUUCAGUAUCACAACUGUCCAAUAUGAAUGCUAAUAAUUCGAUAAAUUCUAAAUCCAUUUUGAAAACUUCAUCAUCAUCAUCUACAUAUAGUAAUGAAUCGUCUUCCAAUUUAGGAUCAAAUUCCAGUUUUAAUAAAAGUCAAACAAUUCGUUAUCAAUUAAAUACUGCCAAUAAUAAUGUAGAAUUAUUAUUAUUACCAAAUCAACAAACAAAUUUGAUUUUUUCGAAAAAUUCAUCAAAUGAUGAUAUAGAAUCUGGUCAUCAAUUUGAAACGAAUGUAAUUUUAUUUAAUAAUGUUGAACAAUCACGUACUGAUUUUACUUCUAAAUAUUGUCAACAAUCAUUACAAUCAGUUGAUAAUUCUAUUCAUAGUUCUAAUGAAUCAACUGAAAAUCAUUCAAAAUGGUCAAAAUAUUUGAAUGAUUUUGCCAAUUCAUUUGAAUGUAUUGAUGAAGAUGAAGGAGAAUUGGCUAAAGGAUUUGUACAAGUGCCGAAUGCAAUAUCCAUUCAACCAACAACACAACCAUAUAUAAGUUAUUUUAAUCCAUUUGAAUCUUCAACCAUUAAUCAAUCAUCAAACAAAGAACAAUCAACAGAUAUUGAUCAUUCACCGGACAAUCAUAAUUUUGAAUUAAUGAAUGGAGAAGAACAAAAUCGACAACAACAACAACAACCAAGUUUAGUUGAUGUUUUUACAUUUGCAUCAAGUAUCGGUAAUAGUACUGAAUAUCAUCAACAAAUAUAUACAACAUUUGAAGAAGCAUUUAAAAAUUAUUAUGAUUCACAAAAUCGUAUUAGUAAUAAUAAUUAUUAUACACUACCAUUGAAAACAAAUAUUCAUACAAAUGUUAAUAAAGAUAAUUAUCAUCGUCAUCGUAAUCAACGUCAUCAACGAAAUUGUGGACAAUCGAAUAAUCAACAACAGCCGAAACAACAACAACAAUAUUCAACAACAAAGAAUGGAUUAUCUAAUCAAACCAAACAGAUAGCAAAACAAGAACCAAUUGUUGUUAAUAAUCAUCCCGAAUCAAUGGAAGAGAUUCCAUUUCAUGUUGCAAUUAUUGAACCACCUAAAGAUUAUCAAAAUCUUUUUCCUGUUAAUCAACAACAACAACAAGAAUUAGAUAAUGACAAUAACAAUAAUAAUGAGAAAAGGGAACAGCCAACACAGACUCAACCAACAACCAAUCAAUCAAUACACAAUCCAUAUCGUUAUUGGCUUGAACAAAUAAAUCAAUCAAAAUUGAAUCAAAUUUUACAAAACAAUAAUAAUGAUGGUGGUGGUGGUGGUUCAAUGAAUAAUCCUGUAUUUAUCGAUGAAGAUGAUGAUGAUGAUUGUUGUGAAGAUGAUGAUGACGAUGAUAACGAAGACGAUGACGACGACGAUGAUGAUGAUGAUGAAGCCGAUGGUGCUGGUGAUACAUCAACAUCACAAGAUAUUGCCGAUUUUGAAUUAGAAUUAGAUGAUGAACCAAUUAAAUUUAUUAGUGAAGAAGAUUUUAAAAUAUUAAUAUCGAAUCCUACAAGCCUUAAAAAAUUAGAAAUUUUUCAUCGUUCGAUUAAUUUGGAUACAAAAACAGCAAUGAAUAAUGUUGAACAAAUGAUGAUGAUAAAUCAAAAUGAAGAUCAAAAUCAAAAUCAAAAUCAAAAUACAAUCAUAACUAGAUUGCCAAAUAAUAAUCAUCAAAUAAAAAAAUCAUCCGAAACAAUGAAUAAUAAUAAUCCUAAUAAUGAAAAACUGGUAGUAGUUGAACAAUCUCCAAUUACUGUAGAUAAAUCACCAGUUGAUUUACUUGAAAUGAAUAUGAAUCUAUUAAAACGUCGUGUUCAAGAACAAAUGUUAAAUAUUAAUCAGCAGAAUAAAAAAAAUGAUUGUGGUUUUGAUGGUUUUCGUAAAGGUUGUUUCGAUGAUGAUGGUGAUGAUAAUGAUGAUUCAUCAGAUGAUACAUCCACUUCUACCGGUACAGCAUCAUCAUUAUCAACAUGUAAUGGUAAUGAUGGUCAAGUUAAUCAAGAUGCACUUGAAAGUACUGAUGAAGAAAAUUCAAUUACAGCUGAAUUUAUAAAACCACCAACGCCUUUUACUAAUUAUUUAUUCGAAUCUUAAUAGAAUUUAUUAUUAUAAAAAAAUUAUAAAUUUAAAAAAACAAAGAUACAAUUCAUUCGAAUUAUUACAAUAUUGGCCAUCAUUUUUUAACAA